UCAUUAGGACGUUGUUUACGGAGACCAUGCGAUAAUGUCGUUGGUAACGCUUUCAGUGGACUCGGAUGAAAAAGACGUUAAAGAAAAGGAGGACAGAGAGGAUUUUACUCCAAUUCAAACACACCUCCGACCUUUCCUAGUUUUGUUGCAGUGUUUUGCGUUACAUUAUCCAGAAAAUGGCCAAAGUUUGUCACAUAUGAAAAAGAUAAAAGCAGUUCACCCAAUGGAAUCACCAACACGCGAAUCAAAGCUUAGCGUCCAGUUUGUGUACUGUUUGGUGAUUCUGAUCAUUAUGAGUUUGAACGUUCUUCGCUACAUUCCAUCAUUUUGGGUUGGAUAUGACUUCAUUCCAAACCUUACAACCCCAAGAGUAAUCAACAUUGUCUGGUUUUGUCAAUGCUUCUUCAAUUCUGUCUUCAUUUUCAAAACUUGCUCCAGAUAUGGGAACUUGCAUGCUUUCAUCCAUUUCUACAACUCAAUUUCUACGGAUGAAAUUUCACGUCGACUGAACCUGAAGACAUCUUAUGUCAAAUUCAGAAAAAUUGUGUGGUUUAUGGUGGCUAUUGGCAGUGGUAUGAUCAUUUUCAACGUCACUGGAUGUUUUCUGAUUAUUUUUAUUGAAGAGAAUAAAACAUUUGAAAUCCUGCAGACAGAUCCUUUUCCGGCCUCUCGACUAGUGACUCUGCCUAUCCUAAUUGUUGGUCUGUAUUGCUUUGCAGCAUGGCUGCUACCACUUGGACUAGUUGCUUUGCUCUUGUUGUUAAUAAAAUAUCAGUUUGAUACCAUAACCUCUCGUCUGCAGAAGCUCUUAAAAGAGGAUGGCCAAAAAGCUAUUUUUAAAAUCAACGAAAUACGAUUGAAACAUUUGCAAAUCACUAAAGCUGUAGAAAUACUGGACCGCGAUAUCAGGUUAUUUUUUGCAGGUGUUUAUUUGGCAGGGAUACUGAUAUGCUGCUUUAUCGCGUACAAUUUGAUUAACAGAAAAAUUUCAGGAACUUUUGAAAUGGUCAUGUAUUUAUAUUGGCUAAUUAUGAACAAAAUUAUUAUCAUUUCAUCUUCAGUUUUGGCAGCUCAAGUCAAUGAAGCGGUGAGCUUGUUUGUCCCUGUUAUUCAUUUGAACCCUGAUCUGUUUGAUACAGGAUACCCGAAACAGGUGAGCUUGUUUGUCUCUAAAUUGAAUGGCCCAGCUGUAGGAUUUACCAUGAUGUCUACGGUUACCAUCACAAAAGAACUUCUUUUAACGUUAGCUGGACUUUAUAUUUCCUAUCUAUUUCUUCUGAUGCAAUUUCAACUUUGAGUAUAUCUGGAUGAUUUUAGCUGGACAAGCCACAUUUGCAUUUCAUCGAAGUGAAGAUACUUAUUUGAAUUGAUUAAACAAUUAAUUUA